UCCGUCAGCUUCAUGUCGCAUUCCGCCACAAUACUGGAAACAUAAAUUUGGUUUUAGAAUUUUAGGAAUAUCGUAUAUUUUCCGUAAAUUUCCCAUUUUCAUUAUGUCGAAGCUCGCCGAGCUGAAGCGCCAAUAUGACGAGCGCUGGCACUAUCCACCGCCGAUGCCGACAGGCAAAGUAACCGAUAUCUCUUGCGGCGCUGAGCCCGUCUUCUGCGGCGAUAAAGCCAUCUACGGGCACAACGAGCGCCCCGUAUACAAGGCUUGCUGGGAGCAUCCCAUUGCCAUGCCGCUUCAAACGCAACUCGGUGUCUGCUGGGAGUAUCCGCCGGAGCGAUACAAGCGCCGUCCUCUGCCCCCGCCCUGCCGCGGCUCGUCUAUCCCUUUGCACUUGCUAGAGCCAACCUUUGAGCACUGCAAAAAUCUCUACACCCGCGGCGACUUCCAGCUGGAGCAGUGCGUCCACCAGCAGCUCCUCGUCCUUGACGAGAAACUGGGCCAUUUGACGCGAGUGCUGGCCCAGGCCAGACCCUUGCAAAUCCAGAAGGUGAAGGAGAUGCGGUAUCACGGAGUGCGCUAUCGCCUCCUUGCCGUCAAUACUGCCUGCACCAAGUUGUACCCCGAGUAUCUCAGCCGGAUGACCGAGGAGCGGGCUCUUUGCGAGUUUCAGAGGGCCUACAACGAGGUCAAUGAGUCCAACACAGAGUUGAUGGCAGCGUUCCUGGACAUGCGCGUAUCCAUGCCGGAGCUGGAGGUGCGCCUGUCUAGACUGGACAAGUCUCUGAAGAGCCCCUUCCAGCUGGAACUGGAGCCCGUGAUGCAGGCCAUUGAAGACCUGAACACCUAUUUCUUUGGUGUGGUUGUCAAGAUGAAGUCCUGGGCGGAGCUGAUGGAUCCCAUGAAGGAGCACUCCGUCGAGGACUACUUGGCACUGUUGACUAAGCAGAGCAACUUCAACGACUUUAUGAGUUCCGGCAUGGAGAACUGCACUUGCAAGCGUGGCGAUAAGAAGGAUCCCUUGAAGCCCUAUCUACCAUGCUGGUGUCAGCACUCAAAUCCCUGCGAGAUACAUACUAAUGCGAAGGAGUUUGGUGCUUUUCCUAAGAUUUGUGACCACAAAGAGUCGAGCGACACCUCCAUGCUAGAGAAGGCGGUCGAGGCACAGAGGCAGAGGCAGUAAAGCUCCUCUCUACUUGUUAAACAAUAAAUGUUAUUUACCUGUC